UUGCCUUCGGUGACGGUGGGUGCGUGAACGCGGCUAGCUCUGUGUACCGCACCGCGCUGCUCUACCUAGCUGGACGUUAUUAUUUCGGAUAUUCGUGACCUUAAGGAUCCAAAGGGACUAUCUAUUUUGUAUAUGACGGAACCGUCUUCACAUAUAAAUCCGUAAACCAUAAAGGACCAGCAUGGAGCGAGCCACUGUUCUCCUACUGGUGAUCGUGUCUUUUACAUAUACAGUUGGAGACGGCGGGCCUAGAGGAGAGAGCUCGCCUCACCCCGUCCAUGUGUAUCAGGGAGACGACGCCCUAGUCACCUGCGUGGUCAGGGACAUUGGCAACAACAGCGUCGUGUGGAAGCGAGAGGACCAGGACACCAGGAGGUGGAAGAUCUUGACCGUAGGACACUCCAGAGUCACCCUGGACCAUCGGAUAUCCGUGCUGCAUGAUGAGGGAGGAGUGGUAUGGGUGCUCGCUAUCAAAAACGUGAAGCAUGCCGACUCUGGUCUGUAUGCCUGCGAAGUGAACAGCAACCCAGUGGUGCGGACAUACCACAAACUUUCAGUUCUAUCGACGGAUCUGCAGCCACCCCAGGUUAGCCAACCUCCCCCGGUGGAGACGAGCGACCCCGCUGACGUCACGACAAAUCCUGCCAACCACAACUACACCAGCUGUUGUAUCGCCAGCAAUGUAUCCACAGGAUGUCUGGGCUUCUGUAACAUUCAGAGUAUCCUGGACGGCCAGACAGGGCAGGACCCGGAGAACUGUGAGACGGACUUUCCCGCCAUCGUGCGCUGUAUGGCGGAUGGACGUAACCACGUGCAGUGCUGUGUGGACGAGGGAGUACCCGACAUAUGUCAGGAUGUGUGUCGAGGAGAAUACACUGUCAUCACGGACAACAUCAAGACUCACUUCUCUUGUUCUGCCUACACCGAGAAAACACUUUCAUGUAUCGUCUAUGGAAUAGAGGUCCUGCCUAGUCAGCCACGCAACGUGGAGGUGGAGGGUCUGAGUGACACGUCACUGCAAGUGUCAUGGCUGCCUCCACUCAGCAAUGCUGAUACCAUCUCUCAGUACGUAGUGAACGUCACCAUGCUGCGCUCCUUCGACGCCAACAUCGCCGAAACUGACACACAAAACUCUAGUCAAGCAAUAGUCACGCCACACACCGUACAAAUUACUGUUAAGGUUUCUAAGCAAACAAACAACGCUAUCGUAGGUAACCUAGUGCCUCUGACGAUGUAUGAGGUGACAGUGACCGCGUGGAAUGAGAACGGGAGCAGUCUGCCCGCCAACGCCGUCCGCACACUGACACUCACUCCUGGUCAGGUCAAGCCGGUCACGACAGCGAAGCCACCCAAACUGCCUGACGUGCGGGCCUGCUGUGUGGAACAGGGCAUCACGCACGGAACAUGCCUGGACAAGCUGUGCACUAUUCCUCAGUCGUCUGUGGCUGAGGUGACAGAUCUGAUGAUAUGUGCUCCCUGGGCCCGCCAGACCUUCAGUUGUCUCGCCAACGGUGUGGACCACAGGCCAUGCUGUAGAGCCCGCGGUCUACCAGACCUGUGCCAGGACCUCUGCUCCGGCAACGUUACACAGCUGGACUUUAGUUACUUCAAGUGUGUAAAGUACAUGAGCACCUACUCCAACUGCCUAAUGCAAGGCUACGGAGUCCUCCCUAGUCAACCUAGCAGUUUGAGAGUGUCCAAUGUUGAGACAAAUUUCGCCAUCGUCCACUGGGGCAAACCCAAGACUCUUGGCGACACUGUCACUCACUACAACCUGCAUUACAGGCUACUGCAGGAGCAGGAGUAUAAAAUGACACCAAAGGUGUUCUCGCCCUAUGUCCUAGAGAACCUCACCAGUGACUCUCUCUACGAGGUGUACGUCUCUGCUGCCAACACCCACGGCGUGGGGGAGUCUUCACAGAGAGUGGUGUUCAGCACGGAGAGCAAGCUGAAGGAUGCUUCAGAAGAGGAGUCAGUGAAGGACUACAACGUGACUGCGUGUUGUGUAGAGGCAGGCCUCAGUGAUAUGUGUAUGCCCAUCUGUUCCUUCGACGCCAGCAUGACCAAGCUGAAGGCGCUCGGAGGUGUGUGUGCCAGUGAGUUCUCCAAGCUGCUACGGUGUGGCGCUGGAGGGCGGAACCACAGGGGCUGCUGCGCCAGGCGGGGAGUGCCCCCGGCAUGUCUGCCUCUCUGCUCAGGGGUCAUCGUGGAGUCGGUGAUUGUCACCGUGUCCUCGUGUGUCCCUUACAUUGGAAACAUCGUGCAGUGUUUUGAAGAAGGCACAGGGCUGCUGCCAGGUCCAGUACAAGAACUUCACGCAGUUUACGUCACGGACUCCGAGGUCACGUUGACUUGGGAGCCACCCAGUGACAACAGCAACGUGACUGACUACGUGAUACAUUACAACAAAGUAGACAACACGUCCACACACGAAACUCUACUUAAACUGGACAAUCAACAAAACGCUUCAGAAACAAGCGCCACUGUACGGGGACUGGACCGAGGUGCUUUGUAUAAUAUCUUUGUAGUAUCUCGCAACGAACACGGCACUUCACUACCUUCUUCUCUCCUUUUGAUAAACGCUACGAAAACAGCUCUGCCUGAGGGAGGUAUCACUGGAGUGACGUCACCACCCCACUCCCUCGCUGUGUCUAGUCAUAGCGCUACAUACGUCACCAUCUCGUGGCAACCCCCGGAGUUCAGCCAUCCUGCAGAGCCAAUCAAGUAUAUGCUGUAUUACAAGACAAACUCCGACACCAAGUAUGUGAGCAUUAACACAUCAGUGACGUCACAUAUGAUUGAUGGUCUGAGACCCAACACCAAGUACAUUGUCUACGUCACAGCCAUCUCGAGGAAGGGGCAGAGUCUUCCUUCGGAGACGCUAGUCGCUUGGACAGACCCGGCUUUCCCAGCGUUCGUGGAGCCCCCGACAGUCCACCCAAUCAACCUGGUAGUAGAAGGCAGCAGUAUGACGAUAUUGUGUAUCGCCAUGGGAACUCCGAUGCCCACCAUCUCCCUGUACAUCUCCGGCAGACUGGUCAGACAGGAGGUGACCAGACACAUGGUUACUGUCAUAUACAACGUCACUCGCGACAUGGACAUGAUCUCGUGCUACGCAGACAACGGCUACGGAACACCCAUGGAGCGCAGGAGGAGGAUCGUCAUCAGCCGUAAGCCCAACCUGACGGCCUCUGGUAUCAGGAUGGCCGCACCCGGAGAGUCCGUCACCCUGGAGUGUCUGCUGGAUGCUCAUCCGGAGCCGAAGAUGUUGUUCUGGCGAGACUACGCCAACAGAGUCCCCGUCAUUCAGGGAUCUAAAUAUGACGUCAACAUCUCACCAAUGAAGGACGAGCCAGACCGAUGGAUGAUGCAUCUAACAAUAAAAUCCAUAUCCAAAGAAGACGAAGGGGAUUACUACUGCCAUGCUGAAAACAGCUUUGGGAACGACACUCAACCAGUGUCAGUGCGAAUAAGACAAGUGAACGUGAUCAGCAACGUGACACAAUGCUGUAUCGAGCAAAACGUGUCGUCAUCAUGUCAGGACGCUUGCUCGUUCUAUCUUGAUAUCGACGCGAUCAUCGACAAACCAGAGUGUAUCAACGAGUUUUACAAGCUUAUGAAGUGUGCCGCAGACGGCUCAGACCAUCGUAGUUGCUGCGCUCACAACGGUGUAGAGAGGGGCUGUCUAGACUGGUGUAGAGGGGAGCCACUCUACAGCCAGGACAGCAAAGUCUGCCUUCUAUCACACACUAAGAGGAUCAUGUCCUGCUUCCGCGAGGGACGAGAUCGGUUGCCCGGACCACCACUUAAUGUAAGGGUGGAAAAGAUUGACUCUCAUUCUGUCAUGGUUAGAUGGGAUCCUCCUACAAAGAAUCCACAAACUGUUGAUAUGUACAGAGUUUUCUGGAGGCAGUAUGGCGUCAGAAUCCCACCACAGAAGAAUGACAGUAGAGUGACAAGCAUGAAGAUCUCCGGACUAAAGGAGGGAGUGACGUACGAGUGUGUAGUAAAGGCGGGAAACACACGUGGCACGAGUGUGCUGACUGAACCCGUCAAGUUUAUAAUGGACGACAAAUACACAGUCAUAUUGCCGACCACGACUAGUGACCACGGCCAAGGUCUGAUGAUCGUGGGUGUGGUGCUGGCCCUCGCUGUGGUGGGAGCUAUGGUGAUGACUGCAGUAUGGCUAGUCAGGACCAAGGCACUCCUGGGCCGCAAGUCAACAGGAGCGGUCGCAUUUGAGAACCCCAGCUACCUGCGGGAGGUCAACAUGGACCAUAUACAGAUAAGUCACUCAGAUGUGGCACCAGUUUCUAACGGAAUCUCCAGUUCUGGCCCUCACACAGGGUGGAAGCACGAACCCCUACACGUCCCGGCCCAGACCGAGGUACCUCCCACGUUAUACGAAGAGCUAAAGCUGGGACAGGACGGUGCGGGCUUUAAGAGGCUCAAACCUUAGUGAGAGAAAACUCAAGUGUACUUGUACAGUGACCGUGAUACCGAGUACUCGAUAGAUGAACUCGACCUGUGAUAUUCGAUGGUCAGUGAGCGAUAUCGAUGUCUCGAUAGUGUGAUACGUGGUGCCCCAAUCCGAUAGAUGCCAUAGAGAUAGUGUAGAAAAGAAACAGGUUGUAAUUCUUAUGUAAGGAUUAGUUUUGUUGAUGUUUCAUUUCCAAAUAUGGCGUUUAUCUUAAAAGUUUUGAAAAACUAUUGCUCUACGAAAGACUAUUAAGAGUACGAAAAAAGCCGAAAUCUUUUACAGGUUGGAUCUAUGUUUCCUUUAAAUUUGAUUAAUUAGAUUUUUUUCAAACCAACAACUUUCUUUCUACACUGUUUUUAGUUUUUUAGAACAUUUUGUUUAUAGGAAAAAUUAUAAUAACAUACCUAAAACAGUGUAAUUGUGUUUACUUAUAUUUCAAAAUCAACAGGGAAAUUAUAUAUUAAAUCAUUAAUUUUACUUAUUAACACAAUGAAAUUUUAAAAUUCCAUAAAAUUAUUUCAAUGGGUUAAACGUGUAAUUGUUUAACUCACUUAACAAUGGUUUAGUUCUUAUUAUCUUUUGAGACUUUACUAGAGUGAUGCACGAAAUGAAGAAGACAAGUUUUAAAUAUGGUAUAUUGUUGAAAUACUGUGUUUGAUACAAAUAAAAAAAAACCCAUUCAGACGCCGUGUGCCUUGAAGAAUUAAGAUAAGACGAGUUAUAGUUGUUAAUCGUUCACUCUUUGGUUUGGCAUGGUAAACUUUUACAUGUAUAUACAAUAGACGAUGUAAACCGGUUGUUCAGUCUGUUCAUUCUUCGUUUAGUUAACCGUACUUUAUUUUGUACAACAGUUAAUUAGAGUGAUUAAUCACAUAGCGGAAACUUAAUUUCUUAAUUUAAUUUAAAUUCUUCUUUGGUCAAUAUAUAAAGCUAAUUUAUGAGCCAGUUUAGUAACAUCAGUAGACUUUAAUUAGUAAAACGUUUCUUUUUUAGUGCCUGUGACAUCCCAAAGCUAGAUUUAUGUUUUCCAAUGUCACCGACACUAUAGGUUAUUUCCCCAGACCAAUACCUGUAUGGAUGUUUGAACAGUGAGUCUUGUGCGAUCGCACCAAGGUGUCUAGUCCAUGUUAGAGAUCGUAGUCGUUGUGGUUAUUAUUGUUAUGUUGAAUUGUACAGCAUGGUUUGUCCUAGACUUUCGCACCUUUGUUUUGUACGAAUAAACAUUUGUACUAGAUGACUAAGUUGUGUUUUAUUUAUGUAAGGAGAUAAAUAAUUUUUUACAAUGUUAAAUAAGUCUGCACAUUUGUAAAGAGUUAGAUAUGUACAAAAUAGAUGGAAUAUCCAGUAAA